AGUUGAUCCGGCCUGCUUGGUUUGUAGACAGCCAUAUGGAGGUGCUCUGAUGAUGCUUCAUUAUAGCAGGUGUUAGGACUUUCACCUACUUCACUUGAAAUUCAGGAAGCUUUGACUGUUUCCACAGCAAGCCCCUGAUUCUAAUAUGAAGGGAGAAUAAGUAGAACUAAACGAAUAGAAACACUGAGGACUUAACAUGCAGUUCCAUGAGUUUAAACUGAUGCACGUGAGUAGUACUGCAGUCCUGUUGCAAGUUGUGUGCUCCUACCCCUGUCUUUGUGUUGGUUCUGGUACUCAGCCAGCCAUGUUGUGAUGUGCUGCAGAAAUCUGAAUGUUUUUCUGCUGUUUUAGCUUUGCAAGCAGGUUCACCAUGAGGUCAGAUGAGUGCCAGUGCUAGCGUAAGGAAGGAGAUGGGAUGAUUAGGGUAGACAGCAAGAGCAAAGCUGUGGCAGCACCAGCAUGCAUCAGUUUAAGCUGUCGUGGAGCUCUGCUCUCACUUUCUUCAGUAGCAAAUGUAAAUGGGCAUGAUACAACAGUUCAGCUGAAGUCAGAGGGUUGGUUUUUGUUUGUUUUUCCAUUGACUUCAGUGGUUGUAGUAUUUGACUAUUACAAACAAGCCUGAAAUGUUUAGAGAAGCGGUCUAAGUACUGUCAGAUGCAGGUCACAUUCCGGUAGAAAGGAUAACAGGAUCACGAAAAAUUUUGCUUGAGUAUAGUUUCUUCUUAACCCUGGGUACUUGGUGGUUGCUCUGAAAUUUGAUAUCUACAUGCAAUAUAUUCGUUACCCAGUGACACUUAAUAUGAGAUGGUAAGUUGAAUGAACACAACAUUGAAUUCAUAACAUAAUAUUCGUAACAAUGAAUACAUGUCCUAUUUCUUCUUGUGCUUGGUUUGCCAUUCAGCUAUCAACUGAUGCCAAAAUCUGUAAUCCUUAUGAAAAGCUCCCAUUGUUUAAAUAAAUAUUGAACACUUUUAUUGACUUCAGAGGGACAGGCUGUAAUGUCUAGUGAUUCUUUUUGAAUCUUCUGAAGUUGUGUUUAAUAAAUUCAAGGAAAACUGUAAAAAAACACUUGAAAAUACCAAGAUUCCUGUGUUUUGCUCAGCUGAGGUAGUACAUAUUUAAAAAAAAAUCAGAUAACUGAAAUAAAUUUUAUAGAUCUACAAAUGAAGAUAGGUAUCUGUGUUCAUGCACAGAUUCAUAGCAGAAAAUGCAUAGAUAUAAACAUAUGUAUAUCACCUGCAGUAGUUUUCUUGAUGCUGAGCUUUUCUACAAAUUUAUAAAAAUGUACAGUAAACAAGCCUAAAAAUGACACACCGUUAGAGAAAUAGUCUAAGCAAGUAUUGUCAGGUGUUGGCCACAGUUUGAGUCUAAUUUGACUGUGAAGAAAUUUCCUGCACUGUGACCUGCAUUCAGACCUCUUAAGCUCAAGAGGGGAUCUUAUCAAAGUGUAUAAAUAGCUGGUGGAAGGAGUAAAGAAGAUGGAACCAGAUUCUUCUCAGUGGAUCACGGUGACAGGACAAGAGGCAAUGGGCACAAGCUGAAAUAUAGGAAAUUCUGUUAAACUAUUUAAAAAAACCCCCCUUUUUUACAGUGAUGGUGGUCAAACAAUGGAACAGGUUACCCAGAGAGGUUAUAGAGUCUCCAUCCUUGGAGAUAAGCAAAACGCAACUGGACACUGUCCUGGGCAAUCUACUGUAGUUGACCCUGCUCUUGGCAAGGGGAUUGGAUCGGAGGAUCUCCAGAGGUGCCUUCCAGCCUCAGCAAUUACAUGAUUCUGUUUGGAUAUACAUUGGAACAACUUACUAAAGCAGAGAGAACUCUGCCUUUUGAUGUAUUUGUACAAAGAGCAGCUGAAGUCAAACACAAGGAGUACUUUCUUUCUGAGGAUGAAAAGUACUAUUUGCGAUCAGUGGGUGAAGAUGCUAGGAAGGAUAUUGCAGAUAUCAGAAAGCAGUUUCCUGUUUUGGCAGAAGAUGUUCAGAUUCCAGAGUAUUUUGAGAAGGAACAGUUCUUCUCUAGUGUAUUCCGCAUCAGCUCAGCUGGAUUACAGUUAUGGACACAUUAUGAUGUAAUGGAUAAUUUCUUAAUCCAAGUAACAGGAAAAAAACGAGUUGUUUUGUAUAGUCCUCAAGAUGCACCAUAUUUAUAUUUAUCAGGUACUAAGUCAAAGGUGCUGGAUGUGGAUAACCCAGAUUUAGAGAAAUAUCCCCUUUUUGUGAAAGCCAAGCGCUAUCAGUGUUUUCUGGAAGCAGGAGAUGUGUUAUUUAUUCCAGACGUUCUUCUUUCUACAGCUUUGUGGUUCCACAAUGUAAUUUCUGAGGAAUUUGGAGUGGCACUGAAUGUCUUUUGGAAGCACCUUCCUGCUGAGUCCUAUGAUAAGAGUGACACUUAUGGAAAUAAAGAUCCCACAGCAGCCUCUAGAGCUAUACAGAUCUUGGACAGGGCCUUGAAAACACUUGAAGAACUACCUGAGGAAUACAGGGAUUUUUAUGCUCGGAGAAUGGUGUUACGCAUCCAAGAAAAAGCCUAUAGGAAUGAUUAUGGAUAAAAUAACACACUGUAA